AUGGUCCUACCAAUGAACACCGGCGCGGAAGCUGUCGAAACCGGGAUAAAACUCGCACGUAAAUGGGGAUACGAGAAAAAAGGUAUUGAGGCAAAUAAGGCAAUGGUCAUUUCGGCGACUAACAAUUUCCAUGGUCGUACCAUCGGUGUUAUCUCAAUGUCGACCGAUUCUGAUGCGAGGGGUGGUUUCGGACCGUAUCUGCCGGGCGUGGGUCCAGUUUGUCCAAAGACUGGUAAACUUGUGAGGUAUAAUAAUUUGGCGGAUUUGGAAGAGGUAUUGAAUACUAAUGGACCUAACGUUGCUGGUUUCUUGAUUGAACCGAUUCAAGGAGAGGCUGGCAUUCAUGUUCCGGAUGACGGUUACUUGAAAGCUUGCUACGAUUUAUGCAAAAAACAUAAUGUGCUCUUCAUCGCUGACGAAAUCCAAACCGGGCUCGCACGAACCGGAAAAAUGAUCUGCUGCGAACACGAAAACGUCCGUCCAGACAUUCUCUUACUCGGAAAAGCACUCUCUGGUGGCAUCUAUCCAGUCUCAGCCGUACUAGCCGACAAAGAAAUAAUGCUCUGUAUAAAACCUGGCGAACACGGCUCCACAUACGGUGGAAAUCCACUUGGCUGCGCAGUCGCCAUCGCCGCACUUGAAGUUAUCAAGGAAGAAAACCUAGUAGAAAAAGCAGUAGUACUAGGCGAAAAGUUCCGUGCAGAAUUACGAAAAAUUGCUUCGCCACUUAUACAUACAGUGCGUGGCCGGGGUCUCUUGAAUGCCAUUGUUAUUGACGAGACAAAAUCGGAUAAGACUGCAUGGCAACUUUGUUUGUUGUUGAAGUCGAGAGGGUUAUUAGCGAAACCGACGCAUGUUAAUAUUAUAAGGUUAGCACCGCCGCUUUGUAUCACUGAACAAGAGUUGAUGGAGGGUGUGGCGAUUCUUGCCAAGACGUUGAAGGAUAUUAAGGAUAUGAAAGUUGAAGACAUUCCGGGUUAUUUGGAGGAUUUAAAACAGCAACAGCAUUGA